CUAUUUACACCUUCCAUUCUCUUUUUAAGCUGGUAAACAUCUGAAGAUUUAUAUAAAUAGGAGAAUAAACUCUUAGGAUUAGGUCUCAUGUUUAAUUAUCAGUUGCAUAAGCCUCAUUAAAGACUUGUCUUGGACAUUAGGCCAAAUCAUCAAUCUUUUGGUUGGUCCUUUUCUUUUUUAUUCUUGGGUUUUCUUCUUUCUAUUGUUUCCUGUCUGAUGCUGGCAGUGAGAAGUCAGUUUUAUUUAUUUUUAAAUGUCAAGGGAAAUAUGUAAUGAUAUGGACUGUAUUAAUAGUCAUUUAGGUCUUAUUUUGGAUUUUAUUUAAGUUUGGUUAUUUAUUUGGGUUUAGUAGUAAAAGCUCAAGGAUUCCAAGGUUUUAAGAAAUCCAAGUUCUACCAGGAAUAGGUAUUAGUCUUCUAUUUUAAGAUUUGUAAUCCUUUCUAUUGAGAAGGAUAAUAAUAAAUUUUCAGAUUUUUAGAGAAGCAAUGAAACUUGUCAAAGGCUUGUGUGAUGCAACCUUCUUUGAGGUGUGAUGCCAAGGAAACUGUAGGUGUGAUGCCUAGAAGUUUAUCUUUUCUUUCACGUUCUUACAUUCCGACAACUUAAACCCUUUCAAAUUUGUCACUAUUAAACCACAAAAUCCAAAGCUUCAAAACCCUAAGCCUACUGUCCUUAUGAUUUUGAUUACCUUGGUGAAAACUAACCAUCUCAUCAUAAAGCCUUUGUUUAAGUCUAUCUUGAAAAUUUGAAGAACCUUUUCUUUAAGACGCAUCUGUAACUCUUCCCAAUGCAUAAUCAAAGGCAUGUAUCACUAUGAGAAAACAUAGUGCAAAAUCUUGCUCUGAUACCAAAAUUAACGUAGGACAUUUAAAACAAACAAAACUGGCUUCUCACUGCCUGCAUCACUUUCUCUUUCUAUUGUCCUACUGCUAAAUGCUUUUUUUUCAACAUCUAUAUAUGCCUAAAUGUUGAUUGCUAUGCUGUGGAUUGGAUAUCAACCUAGCAUAUAUGUCCUAGAAACUCUAGGUGUAUUGACAGAGGACAUUUAAAAAUAAAUAAAACAAACUAAAAUUAGCUUCUCACUGCCUGCAUAACUUUCUCUUUCUUUGUGCUUUUGUUUCAAAAUCUAUGUAUGCUUAAAUGUUGAUUGCUAAGCUGCAGAUUGUACAUCAACCUAGCACGUGUCCUAGAUGCUGCAGGUGUUUGGUUCCAAUUAUCCCUACCAUAGAGACAAGACUGAAACUACCUCGCCCAUUAAACUACCUCGCCCUUGAGCUAAUUCAGCUGCAACAAGGCAGCUAAAUUCAGCCUAAGCUGGGUUGGGACCAUUGGGCAUUUUAUGGUUUGCAUUGUGGCAAGAAACAAGCCAUCAUAGAUAGGAGAUACUGUGGAUGGUGAAAAGCCGUGGAAAAUGGUUUUUGUAACCAUGGGAACUACUUGUUUUGAUGCUCUUGUUAAAGCAGUGGAUACUUGGGAAGUUAAGCAAGAGUUGUCGAAUAGAGGCUAUACUGAUCUUGUCAUUCAGAUGGGUUGUGAAUCAUACACGCCCACUAAGUCUGGAGGAGAAGAUGGGUCCCUAGCUGUAGACUUCUUCACUUUCUCAUCAAGUAUUGCGGAUUAUCUGAGAUCUGCAUCUCUGCUGAUCAGUCACACAGGUCCAUAAGCAGCAAAGCCCACAAGAAAUACGCCCAAGAAAAAACCCUAGUUCAUCCCAAAUCUUCUUUCCUUCAAUGUUGAUGAUAACGGCCAUUGUUUUUCCUCUCUUUCUUUGCCCUUUUAUUCGAAGU